CAAUAGGAAGGCGGCUGCGGUGAGCGAGCCGAGCUGUCAGUAGCUGUGACCCGGUGUUAGCGGGCGGCAUGGAGCGCUGUGUCGGGGUGGAGUGGGAGCUGGAGAAGGUGCUGCAGAGAUUCCGGAGUUACGGGGAGAGUAUGGACCGCAGCCUGGAGACGCUCCUGGUAUCGGUCAAACAGCUGCGGGAGGAGCUCUGCAGCCAUGCACUGCAAGGAGUGCCGCUGUCCCCUGCACUUUCUUUAAUGAUGUCACAACGCUGUCAUAAAAUCAGAGAAACUGUACAGAAACUGGCCUCGGACCACAAAGACAUGCACAGUAGUGUUUCCAGAGUCGGAAAAGCAAUUGACAGAAAUUUUGAAGCUGAGGUUUGCGCAGUGGUAGCAGAUGGUAUGUGGGAAGCCACCGAAAAACAACAAUUACUGCACAGUGCAAUUAUGGAGCAUCUUUAUCAACAAGGUCAUCUAGCAGUGGCUGAGGAGCUCAGUCAGGAGUCUGCAUUAAAUAUUGACACUAGUUUUAAGCAGCCAUUUUUGGAGAUGAAUCGUAUACUCGAAGCUCUACAGGCACGGGAUCUCAGACCAGCCCUUGAAUGGGCAAUCUCCAACAGGCAGGGCCUGCAAGAGUUAAACAGCUCUUUGGAGUUUAGAUUGCAUCGACUCCAUUUUAUUAACCUACUCAGUGGAGGACCAAACAUGCAGAUUGAAGCAUUAACGUAUGCCCGUCAAUUUCAGCCCUUUGCCAAACUACACCAGCAAGACAUCCAGGUGAUCAUGGGAAGCCUUGUGUAUCUUCAGCAUGGAAUUGAGAACUCCCCUUACUCUUACUUGUUAGACACAGAGCAGUGGACCGAUAUAAGUGAACAGUUCACACGGGAUGCCUGCUGCUUGCUUGGCUUGUCUGUGGAGUCACCACUAAGUGUGGGCUUUGCCUCAGGUUGUGUUGCUCUGCCUGUGCUGAUGAACAUUAAAGCAGUAAUUGAACAAAGGCAAUACACUGGAGUGUGGACUCACAAGGAUGAAUUGCCUAUUGAGAUUGACCUCGGCAGGAAAAGUGGAUAUCAUUCUGUGUUUGCAUGCCCUAUACUGCGACAACAAACAUCUGACUCCAACCCUCCCAUAAAGCUAGUGUGUGGACAUGUCAUAUCUCGAGAUGCCCUGAACAAGCUGAUCAAUGGCGGAAAGUUAAAGUGUCCAUAUUGUCCCAUGGAGCAGAAUCCAGCUGAUGGAAAGCGGAUCAUUUUCUGAUACCCAAGAUAUGCAUUUUUUUUGUUUUUAUUUUUUUACUGUACAAUAUUCAUCGGGGAAUUCACAUAAUAGGACUAUGGGGUACACAUUCUGUAUUCCGGGGAAAAUUUAGAUUUGACAUCACAAAACUCAAUUGGGAUGUGUGAAUAUUUACAUUUCUACUUUUUAUCAUUAGUAGACUUGAAGGGGGUUCCAGAUAUGUGUAAUAUUUAAUAAAA